UUUUCCUUUCUACUCAGGUUUUGCCUGGAAUUAUGAGAUUCUUGUAUUGACUCUUCCAUUUUGGCAGUAACCAUUAUAAAGAGAUUUUAAAAUAUUCUGAGGAAUUUGUUAAGAGUUUCAAUGAAGGAGAUGGAACUGAAGGAUUUGCAAUCUGAUCUUGAAGCUUUAAGAAAAUUAUAUGGACUUCUGCAGUGUGGUGGGGAUGUUCAAAGCAAUGUGGUUUUAGGUGAAAGGUCAAAGCUCUUACUAAAGGAUCUCCUAGAUGGUGCUACAGAGAGGGUUUUGGAGACGCAUAAAAAGAUAGUAGCAGCAGCAGAACAUGGUGUCUGUGCCACAUCCUGCUCUUCUGAAUCAGAAAAAUGCAGGGCUGUGCCAGAGUCUCAGCCUUCUGUCUUGCCAUAUGAAUUAAAAGCUGCACCAGGUGUAGUUCGGAACUCCAUGAAAGAAUCAAAUCACCAUGCAGUUAGAUCACCAAAAGAUGAAGAUUGUUCCAAUAAGCUAACAACCCAACAAGUUGUCUCACAGCAAUCUAGACUGAGCUUUUCCUUGGACAAACCAGAAAAUAGAAAGAAAUGUAGUGAGUUCAGCAAGCAAAGCAGUAUGAAGCAGCAGAGUACAGCCAGGUUUCUAAGCAGAGACUCUAGGCAUCAAAGUCAGCGACGUGAUCCUCUUGGCCAUUUUUAUCAAGCCAGUGGGGAUGAAAGGAACUUGUUAGAGAGAAAUGAAAAUUGUAUGAAGCUAGUGAAAAGCAAUGAAACAAUGAGGCAGAUAAGCCUUGGCAGAUUCAAAGCUAUGCCCAGUAUAGUCGGUUCAGUUGCUGGCUCCUCAAGAUCUCUAGCUUCUGGAGAUAAUAUUGCUAAACAGAAUGAGAAAAAAGGGGAGGCAGCAAAUAAUUUCUCCAAAGAUGUAGAUAAUGUAGUCAAGCACAUUGAAUCCCACAUUUCAGCUUUGCGUUUGUGUUCUAAGUUGGCGGAUGCUACCAAAGGUGCUGUGCCACAUGGUUUGUGUGAUAUGCCUACAUCAGUGUGUCCUAUGGUACAGGCAAAAGAGCAUUUGGUUAAAAAGAAUGAACUGAGCCAUAGUGUUGAGCCUUUUUCAGAUAAGGAUGAGUUACUGCUAAUUCAGCUGGAGAAUCAAGGAAAUGGUAAGAAAGAUGACUCACAUGGGAGUCAUCAGGUAUUAGGUCAAAGUGAGAACGACUUGUUGGAGGAUAUAACGAGCAAAAAGAGAAGGAUUCAGCAGAAGGAGCUAGGUCAAACUUCUGAGCAUAUUGUGAGUACUGAUAGGCUGAAGAAAAUGGUCGGUAAUCAGAAUGUGAAUGGCAUGGUAGAAGCAGGUGAUCAUAAACAAAGUCACACUACAAGCUGCUAUGUUCACGGGUUAAGGGUUCCAAUUAAGCAGGAUAAUAUCACCAAGAGGCCUCCCAUGCCUGUGAAAAUGCCCUAUCUGAUCCCAACGAAUAAUGGGGGGAAAGAACCGACACCGAAGAUAGGAAAAUUGAGGCCUUCAAUACCAUCUCAGUCAGCAGGAUCCAAGGCUUCAGUUAGGCCUAUUAGUGAUAAGAAAGGCCUGGCACGUCAGAUUCUAUGCAAGCAGAAAGAAGGGGGUAUGGGAAUUUUGCACAAUAAGAUUCUAUUGCAUCAGCAAGACUCUGAGGAUUCUGCUACUGCUGGCAGUGGCAGCAGUGACAGUGAGGCUUAUUCUUUGCCCAGUCGGGACAGUGCAUCUUCAGUAUCCAGGAGACUUGCUCAUGGAGCAUAUGAAGAAUCAAGUAGCAGUGAUUACAGGGAUGUUGGUGAGUCAAGUAGCAGUGAUUACAGGGAUGUUGGUGAGUCAGGUAGAUCGUAUCCUACCAGAACACACAAAGCAAUCCGUCUGGUAAACUCUGAUCCUGACAAAGCCAAGGGAAGGCUUGGACGGUUGAGGAGGUUUAAGAACAAGUUAGGGCUAAUUUUUCAUCACCAUCACCGUUCUAAUCACAAAGACAGCGGUGAUCAUUCCAGGGAUGUUCACACCAAAUCCAAAUGGACUCAUCUGCACAAGGUUUUUCAUCCUAGAAACAGACAUCAAGUCCAUGAUAAAAUAAGAAAAGCGAGGGGGAGUAACGUGCCAGUGAAGCAUCAGGGAGGGCAUUUUCAUGCAUUGGUGGAAGGAUUGAUGCAGCACCUUAAGCAUUCAAAGAAAUCAAAGCCUUCCAAAGGUGGGAUUGGAUGGCCAGCGAAUGGCCAAGAUGUCCAUAAAAACAGGAAGGUGAAGCAAAUACAUUGGUGGCAGAUGUUUCAGCGCCAACGUGGAGUCAAAUUACCCAAUAAAAGGCGUGUCAAGAUAGGGUUUAUGAGUAAAAAGCAGCAACUUAGGGUACCUAAGUUGAGAUACCAAACAGUACGGCAGGGUGACAUCAUGUACUGAAAUUCUUUUGAG